AUGACCAUGACGGACCGAACCGAGGAGUUCCAAGGCGCUGUCAGUGCCUUCCGUCCCACAGUCACGGUGGUCAACAACAGCGGAGAGGCAGCGGCAAUCAGGGCGCAGACCGACCUCGGGUAUAGAAAGACGUCGGAGUUUCUCCAGCUCGCUGCGAGCGUUGCAGUCGGCUUCGAGGGCACGUCCAGGCUGAUCGGGCGGCUGAAGAAGCUCGUCGGGCGCAAGGGUUUCAGCAACAACCCGGCGGCCGAGAUAAGCGACGUAAUGAAGCUCUUCGAGGGGGACAUGGCCGGCCUACAGAAAGACAUAUCGUCGCUGCAGAGGCACGCAGAUGGCGGCACCAGGGGGAGCCCGCCGGCCAACAGCCAGCGGCAGAUGCACUGCGCGUUUAUCGUGACGACGCUUCGGAGAAGCGCGCAGGAGCACACAAAGGCCUUUCGUGACGCGCUCUUGCUGCGAGCAGCGGUGGAGAAGCAGCAGAACGAACGCCAGCGAAAGUUCUCGCACUCCCGGGGCGUCGCCCCCGCGACCCAGCUGGAUUACCCUUUUUUCGGAAGCAGCGCCGGUGGCGCCGGGGGGGGGGCACGACGCCGCCGCCCGACGGCCAAUCUGCCGUCCCCCCCGUCGCCUGCCCCCGACGAAGACGACGAGGACAACAAGGGGCACAAACACGGGCCCCGAAGAGGCGGAAAGGCUGCGUCGGUGUUGCCGUUCCCUUCCGGCAAUGGAGGCACAAGGGGGGGGGGAGGUACAGGCGGCUCUUCCUGGCCUCAGAAAUCGGCGGUGCCCCCGCCGUGGUCGGCAGAGGGGGGGAGAAACAGCAACGGCAACAAUUUUUUGACGGGCGUUGGCAAAGGAGGGUACGACACCGUCGGAGCAAUGCCACGAGCAACAGAAACGGCAGCAGCAACAGCAGCAGCUGCAAGAACAGACAGCAAUGGAGGGUUCAGGGCGGGGCCUCAUACGGCGCCGCCCUUUGGGAGUGCCAACGGUUACGUACCAUCGGCUGCGGGGGGUGGCAGCGGGAGCGCGCAUGCAGCGGCUCCGCCAGGGUUUCCGGCUCCUCCGACCGAGGCGUCUAGAGGCGGUGGGCGCGCCACUGGGCUGCGGAAACGACCAGGGCGAGAGGACGGGGGUGAUGCGGAGGAGGAGUCCCGCCGAGCGGCGUGGCAAGUUCAGGUCCAAGAGGACUCCAAGACCAGAGUGGACGAAUCACACAAGGUGGAGAAGAUGAUCGGCGAUUUGGGGCAGAUGUUCAGCCGUUUCUCGACGAUGGUGGCGGCGCAGGAGGAGGUGGUUAUGCACAUCGAGGACGACGUCGAGGCCGCUCACGCCUUCGCCGAAGAGGGACAGGCGCACCUCGCCAAGUACUACCAGAUUACGAGCGGCAACCGGGGCAUCAUCAUCAAGGUGUUCAUCAUGUUGAUCGUUUGCAUCUGGGUCUUCCUGGGCCUUAUGAGAUGA